AGAAGAGGCUCUUCUCACAAUAUCACACACUCUCAUAAAAGCAAAAACACAGAGGCUUUUACACACUCGCAUCCAGAUAGGUAUUUUGGCAACAUGUCCAAAAAAGACUUUCACACCGCAAUGGAUCUUGGUAGGCUAUUUAACGCUUCAUUUUAUUGAACACUUAAAUCAAGGAACUGGAACAUCAGCACUGGGAUUAUAAAAGUAUGAUGAAAAUCUAAAUACUUCAGAAAGGAGGUUUUCCUUACUCCCAUCAGUGAAGACUGUUGGAACAACUCCAUUGGACUUCCAUGAUGAGCUUGAAAAGCAUGGCAUUUAGCUGGCACAAGUCAUUUACCAUCCUCACACCUUGGAGGAAAGGCAAAGUGGACAUGGCUUUAGAAAAUGAGGUUGUACUGACAAAGAUGAAGCUCUUCAAAAACUUCCAUGAGAAGCUCUUAAAUACGGAGGACUGUGUGUCAAACAUGUCAGUGUUUGAGCAGGAUAUCUCUACACCACUCCAGGCUGAAGAAUCUCUGACCACUGUCAACACUGCAGCACCUGAACCAAACAUGGUGGAGUCAAAGAAAGACUAUUUAUCUACAAUUUUUUCCAAUUCCCAGUUGCCAGGUUUGUACAAAUUUGAAUCGGAGGACUCUGGGGUAGAGAUGCCUAGUGGAGCGAACUCACCAUCCACUCCAACAAGUUCAGAGCAGAGCUUUGUUGUUCACAGUAGAGAGUCUUCAUGUGAUUCUGGCAAUCCAAACCCUCACAUACGAGACAGCAGUCACCUCCUCUCACUGGAACAAAGUACAGAGUCCUUACAGACUGAAUCUGCAUCAUGUACAUAUGUCCAAGAAACCAAUCUCACAGUAUUACAAGACAGGCCAGAGAAUGCGAUGGACAGUAUUCAACUGGAGAUUGUAAGAGAUUCAGAAAGGAUAGAGAAUGGGAUGUUGGUGACAGCCUCAGAAAGGUGUCAGGAUGGCUCAGUCUGUGCAGAUACAGUAGAUACAAUAACAGAAGGAGAUGCUGCUGACCACACAGGGUCAAUUAGCCAUGCCAUUGACUCAUAUGACAGGAACAUGGAAGUAGAUUUGCAACAGCAGCCAUUAAGGAAAAGUACAACGAGUGACAGUCUGGAUGAAUACAUGGAGGAGUGCUGCAGGCUUAGUGAGGUGAACCAGGCUCAGUUCAACCCUCUAGGCUCAGGACUGGGCUACCUGGAACACAUUUGCCAACUCAUUGAGAAAAUUGGACAGCUUCAGGAACACAACCUCAAACUACAGAAACAGAUCUGUAUCCUGCAUAAGGACAGCAAGAUGAAGACAACUAAAGAGGAUUUCUUCCUACAGCAUUGUCACUGUGGAGCAGCCAGUUUGGCUUUUCAGGAACUGAAGAGACAUUCACGCAGUGACUACACCAGCCUAACAGCAUCCAGUGGCACACUGUCUGACCUCACCACCAUUCCUGAGGGCACACAUAUCCCCCUCUGGUCAACCUUCAGCGAUUGUGAAGGAGGCUGCCAGCAGGUCAUGCCUGUGUGGAGAAAAGGCUUUACCAGGAGGAGCUAUACAGAGGGGGAGGCCAGAUAUCUGAGUGACAGCUCUGAGGUUCUCUCUGCUCCCCAUAGACGGCCAGAGAACUAUGCAUGGGGCAGGGUGAAGGAGUUGGUGAAGAAGAGCAAGCUGAGGAACCAAAGCAGACUGGGUCUGUCCUCCAGCUCCUUUAAGAGGUCAUGUCCACAGUUAUACCGGCCUGAAUUGGGGCAAGUGGAACCAUCCAGAAGAGACAGGAACUCUAUGAUUGUCCUUGGACAUCAAAAAUUGGACUAUCAUUGGCCUCACUAGCACUGAUCAGCUGGACACUGAACAGAUGCCGUAUGAUGAGAAAACAUUUCCCUGAAGAGGAGGACAUGCUGACGUUGUACAGAACAUGCGCAAAGGAAGAAUGAGGAAAGGGAGGACAGGAUAAUGUUGAAGAGAAAGUGAUCUGUGAUUGAUGGGAGAAGGGUACAGGUUGAAAAUGGAGGUGACCCUCAUAACUCACACCCACAAUGAUCAACAGAAAUUUCUGGAUGUUUAUAUGAGUGUACAGUGGAUCUACACAUAUGAUGGGUUCCUUUUCAGUUUGUAUGUUAGAUGCUAUAUAUUAAUUUUAAAAAAUGUCAUAAAUGUUUUGGGCAUUGGUAUAAUGUAUGCAGUCCCAUGCACAAGAGAUAUUACCAAGAAGUAGAGAACAAAUGAGAGAUUUUUCUCAGAACAGUAAUUAUAUACACAGUUCAGUAUAUUCACAUAAAUAAAAAUCUCAUCUCAUCUCAUCUCAUCUCAUUAUCUCUAGCCGCUUUAUCCUUCUACAGGGUCGCAGGCAAGCUGGAGCCUAUCCCAGCUGACUACGGGCGAAAGGCGGGGUACACCCUGGACAAGUCGCCAGAUCAUCACAGGGCUGACACAUAGACACAGACAACCAUUCACACUCACAUUCACACCUACGGUCAAUUUAGAGUC